AGCAUAAGACUACUCCUCUCACGUUUCUUCUUAGUUCUCUCACAAGUCACAACUAGAGUGUGAGGGCAAGGUCAAGAAGGAGUUUGUUGUCUUUUCUCUAUUAUUUGUUUUUCUUUCUCUUGGACAAUAGAUUAAUUCUGAGGGAAGUGCAAUGGAGAGAAGGCAGGACUACAAAGGAAAUAAUAUUUCUGAAGAGACUACUCUUGAUUGGAGAGGCAAACCUUCAAACUCCUUGAAACAUGGAGGAAUGAAAGCUGCUGCUUUUGUUCUUGGGGUUCAAGGAUUUGAGAUAAUGGCAAUAGCAGCAGUUGGGAAUAAUCUCAUAACAUAUGUGAUAAAUGAGAUGCACUUUUCAUUAUCAAAAUCUGCAAACGUAGUGACAAACUUUAUUGGGACAGUUUUUCUUCUUGCACUGCUUGGAGGUUACCUCUCCGACUCUUAUCUUGGUUGCUUCUGGACCAUGCUCAUCUUUGGCUUUGUCGAACUUUCGGGCUUCAUACUACUGUCAGUCCAAGCCCACCUGCCACAGCUAAAGCCACCAAAUUGCAAUAUGCUAACUGAUGGAGAGCAUUGUGUGGAGGCAAAGGGUUUAAAAGCUUUAAUAUUUUUUACAGCACUGUAUUUGGUGGCAUUAGGGAGUGGUUGUGUGAAGCCAAACAUGAUAGCUCAUGGUGCUGACCAAUUUAAUUACCAAGACAAUCCAAAGCAGACCAAACAACUUUCCAGAUAUUUCAAUGCUGCAUAUUUUGCCUUCUCCAUGGGCGAACUCAUUGCUCUUACUGUUCUGGUUUGGGUCCAAACACGUUCUGGAAUGGACCUUGGCUUUGGAAUCUCUGCUGCUGCCAUGGCUAUGGGAUUAAUCAGCUUAGUUGGUGGUACACUUUUUUACAGAAACAAACCUCCUCAAGGAAGUAUCUUCACUCCUAUGGCACAGGUGUUUAUGGCUGCUUUUUCAAAGAGAAAAGAAGUCUGUCCAUCUGAUGCACGAGUACUUCACGGGAGCCACUCAAUCAAGGGUCCUAACAGCAAUGCCACCAUAUCUGAUGAUAUGGGCAUUCUUCAUCACACCAAUCAAUUCAGGUUCUUGGACAAAGCUUGCAUCAAAGUGCAAGAUGGAAAUAGCACAAAGGAGAGUCCAUGGAAACUUUGCACAGUAACCCAAGUGGAACAAGUCAAGAUCCUUAUUUCAGUUAUUCCUAUCUUUGCUUGUACUAUAGUUUUCAACACCAUCUUAGCCCAACUUCAAACUUUUUCAGUCCAACAAGGAAGUUCUAUGAACACUAAGCUGACCAAAAGCUUCCACAUCCCUCCAGCUUCCCUUCAAGCAAUUCCCUACAUAAUUCUAAUCUUCUUAGUCCCUCUAUAUGACACAUUCUUUGUCCCUUUUGCCCGAAAAAUCACCGGUCAUGACUCCGGUGUGACACCGUUGCAACGUAUAGGUCUCGGCCUAUUCGUUGCAACUUUCUCCAUGGUAUCAGCAGCUCUGAUGGAAUAUAAAAGGAGGAACGCUGCAGUGAACUUCGACAAGACACUAUCAAUUUUUUGGAUCACCCCUCAGUUCUUGAUUUUCGGGGUAUCUGAAAUGUUCACUGCAGUUGGCCUCAUUGAGUUCUUCUACAAACAGUCUGUAAAAGGGAUGCAAUCAUUUUUAACAGCCAUUACUUAUUGCUCAUACUCAUUUGGUUUUUACUUAAGCUCGGUACUUGUUUCACUUGUGAAUAAGAUCACUUCAAACUCCUCUCAUGGUGGCUGGCUCAGUGACAACAAUCUCAACAAAGACAGGCUUGAUCUUUUCUAUUGGUUACUAGCAGUGCUGAGCUUCCUCAACUUCUUCAACUAUCUGUUCUGGGCUAGAUGGUAUUCGCGAAAUCGAUCAUCCUCAUCAUCAGCCACAAUACAACAUGAUUUUAUUUCAAAAGUCGCUGGAGAUGAUAGUAUAGCUUAAAAGUUACAGUAUGUAAUUCUAAGGGAAUAUUUUAGUUUCUCCAAAUUCCAUAAGUUCUUGGAUUAAUAAGUAUAGAGAAAUUAAAUUUAAAAGAAUGUUCAUGGCCAUGGCCUGGCUCUAUUUUUAUGGAAUUGCUAUACAUCAGUGAAAAUGUAUAGCAGAUACCACCGGUGAUAGAUAAUACUCCUUCCGUUUCAAUUUA